AUGGCUGCUAGACAGAUACCUCCGUGGUGCAUCUCUUCAACAAAUAGAAAACUUUCUAAGACAAGAACAUCCGAUAUCAUGAGUCGUCGUAGUGCAAAACGUCCACGUUUUAGCGUUGGAGGUCAAUCAGUUCUCGAAAACGAAGAUUCGUCGAAUCAUUCUGGACUUGGUACGCUUGAUUAUGAUGAAAAUUCGUUGUCUCAACAAUCGGAAACUAUCCUUACUAAUUCUGAUCAACAAAAUUCGACUCAACAUCAAUUUGUUCCCGAUCGAUCUAAACGAAUUCAGCCUUCGUUUAACAAAUCAUCCAAUGAAGAUAAUACAAAUCUGAAUGCUUGUCUCGAUCAUCUCUUACGUUUAUUAAUAUGUAAAGAUAAAGAAGGUUUUUUUCAGUAUCCUGUUACUGAUCAACUUGCACCUGGCUAUUCUCAAAUCAUAACACAUCCAAUGGAUUUCUCGACGAUGAAAAAGAAAAUCACUCAAGAUGAAUACUCUAACCUUCUCGAAUUCGCCGCUGAUUUCGAACUCAUGUGUAACAAUGCCAUGAAAUACAAUCGACCGGAGACAAUUUAUUGGCAAGCAGCGAAGAGAUUAUUGUCAGCAGGCACUAAACUAAUGGCCAAAGAUAAAUUAGUGUAUCUUGGUCGAACGGUUGAAUGUUUUUCUCAUUUAACCGAACGGGAAUUUGGCUUUCGUCCUGAAACCGUCAAUCACACCAAUGACGAACAAAUGGAUACAUCGGUGGUUGAGAAUGAUACUCAAACAAAUUCAACAGCCGCUCAACGAAAACUGAAAGUUGCUUUGAAACUACCGAAGUAUUAUGAAAAACUACCCACAUUACUUGCUGACGAAGAAGAAGAUGAAGAAUUAUCUCCCGAAGAAAUUCUUUCUCAAGCUCAACAAGCUGCGCAAUGCGCUCGAGAGAAAUUAAGUCUACGUCGUCCAAAUUCAUCCUAUAUCUUAUCGUGCCAACGAACCAAUGGCACCACGUCACUUCGUUUCAUUAAUCAAGAUGAUCUCUACCAGCAACAACCUCAAGCACGAACAAUUACUAUUGGCGAACUAAGUAGUAUGUCAUCAGGUACAGCUGGUCCAUCUUCCCAUUCUUAUCAAUCUCAAUCGACACCAAUUGUUAAUGAAAAUGAGAAACGAAGUCAUUUACUACCAAGAUAUUUUCUCGAUUACGGAGCUUUUGCGUCACAUGCACCACAAUAUGAUUCAUCGUUUACUUCAAUAUCACACGAUGAUCUGAAUUUGCUGAUUCAUACGUAUGGAAGCGAAUUUUCUGCACAACAUCCUGUGUCCUUGAUUGAUUACGCCAAAGAUUCAGGUGAUUUAGCCUUGAGUUAUGUAGAUCGUUGUUUAAAUGUUGCAGCAAACGAAAAGACGCAAACAGAAGUCACAUCAAAUGGCUCAGUUCAUGAAAUACAUCCAACUUCCAAUGGAAAUAAUCAACAUCAAUUAGACAUGAAACUUGAUGAAAAUGCCAAACUCCUCGUCCGACUGCGCCAAGCUCAAUACGAUCGUUUAUCUCAUCCGGCAAACAAAAUCCAUCAGAUUAUCAACUCGUCUCAACAGCCACAACAAACAACAGAAUCUAUUAAUGAAUAUGAUCUAGCAGAGAAGAUUUUUCAUAACUUAAGUGACAUGACUCAUCUGUCAUCGAGCGGUCCUGAGCAAGUAAUUUCGCCUGGAAUCAUUCGUCACAAUCUUGGCGUUGUUGAAAAUCAACCAUCGACGACCGAAUCAUUGUAA